CGUGGGGCGCGAGCUCGCAACCGGAGCUGUCCCCGGGACUUAGUGCUGAAAUAGGCGCUGACGAACCAGGAGCCUGGUGCGGUGGUCAGAGAAGACCAUGGCAUUUAUGGUGAAGUCCAUGGUGGGUGGCCAGCUGAAGAACCUCACCGGGAGCCUGGGGGGCGGCGAGGACAAGGGGGAUGGAGAGAAGUCUGCAGCGGAAGCACAGGGCAUGAGCCGAGAAGAGUACGAGGAGUAUCAGAAGCAACUGGUGGAGGAGAAGAUGGAGCGAGAUGCACAGUUUACACAGAGGAAGGCAGAACGGGCCACACUGCGGAGUCACUUCAGAGACAAAUACCGUCUGCCCAAGAACGAGACAGAUGAAAGCCAGAUCCAGCUGGCAGGCGGAGAUGUGGAGCUGCCUCGGGAGUUAGCCAAGAUGAUUGAGGAGGACACAGAAGAAGAGGAAGAUAAGGCCUCUGUGCUCGGGCAGUUGGCCAGCCUCCCUGGCCUGGACAUCAGCUCACUCAAGGACAAGGCCCAGACUACACUAGGGGACCUCAAGCAAUCAGCUGAGAAGUGCCAUAUCAUGUGACCACUUCCCCUGGGUUUGCUUCUAGGAUGGCCAGAGGGCUGGUCCACAUGAGAGCUAAGAGAGUGAGUGUCUCAACUUCCAGAUACCUCUCUGCUUUCCCUGCCCCAACCUAGCCUCAGAGCCUUCUCAUCCAUGUCCUGCUCUAACUCUGAUCUCUCUCUCUCUCUCUUUUUAUUGCCAGCAAAGUUUCCAUUCUUCCCUCUCUCCCUCUGCUGCCUGGAAAGUUUCCCAAGUCGAUAGAAUUAGCCCAACCCCCCUGGGUACAGGCCCCUGUUCUUCACACAAGAGCACUCACAGAAGGACACAGAAGCCCCGGAUCAUUUGCCACAGAUGCAUCCUGGCACACACAGACACACGUUUCCCUGGGUUCCCAGCCCUUCCAGAUACCAGCACCCAGAUGCUCUUCGGAGAGCCUCUGGGCACACAGACGACCUGUUCUCGUCCCUACCUUUAUGAUCCUAGAAGCGUUUGUUCUUUCUGGGCUUUAUCUCAUCAUCUGUAAAUGGGAAUGGCCUGAGUGAUUUCCAAAACUCUUUCCCGAUUGGUGUUCCUGGCCACUCAGAACAGAGCCCAGAUCCCUUCUUGGGCAGGGCAGCAGCUGCAGUCCCAGCCCCACACAGCUGCCACUGUGGGUUCUGGGAGCUGAGCAAUGCUGUGUGAGGGGCAGAGUGCCAGAGAUGGAGCUGGCAUUGAACAGCGGCUCCAGACCUCCUCUGGGCCCAGGAUUGAGCCAAAUUUUGUUCUGUUCCUGUAGAAUUCUCUGGAUUCCAUAGUUGGAAUUUCCUCUUCCCGUUUAGUGAACAAUAAAAAUUCCAAAUGACA